ACUUUUGACUUUCAUCUGAAAGCGACCCGACAUUUCCACAAAUAUUCGCUACUUUUCUGGCGCAUAUGGCUUCUUCUGGUGUGGUUGGACAGAUGGACAUGAACGCUCGUCCUCUGGCUCUGUCAGGUCAUGUCGGGUUCGACAGUCUGCCGGAUCAACUAGUCAACAAGUCCACUAGUCAGGGAUUCUGCUUCAACAUCCUCUGCAUCGGAGAAACUGGGAUCGGUAAAUCCACGCUGAUGGACACACUUUUCAACACCAAUUUUGAGAAUUUCGAGUCGUCCCAUUUUGAGCCGAAGGUGAGGUUGCGAGCGCAGACGUACGAUCUUCAGGAGAGCAAUGUUCGUCUGAAGCUCACCGUGGUUAAUACUGUCGGCUUCGGCGAUCAGAUGAACAAACAACAGAGUUACCAGCACAUAGUGGAUUACAUCGACACGCAGUUCGAGUCGUACUUACAGGAGGAGCUGAAGAUCAAGCGCUCGCUCCAUAACUACCACGACUCCAGGAUCCAUGCAUGUCUGAACUUCAUCGCUCCGUCCGGACACUCGCUCAAAUCCCUAGACCUGGUCACUAUGAAGAAACUGGACAGCAAGGUCAACAUCAUCCCCGUCAUCGCUAAAGCCGACACCAUCUCCAAGAGCGAGCUGCACAAGUUCAAGAUCAAGAUCAUGAGCGAGCUGGUGAGCAACGGCGUGCAGAUCUACCAGUUUCCCAUCGACGACGAGACCGUGGCCAACAUCAACACCGCCAUGAACUCUUCAGCAGACGUACGAGGCGAAGCGGCAGGAGUUUGUGGGCGAGCUGCAGAGACGAGAGGAGGAGAUGCGACAGACGUUUGUGCAGAGAGUCGAAGAGAAAGAGUCCGAGCUGAAAGACGGCGAGAGAGAGCUGCAGGGCAAGUUCGAGCAGCUGAAGCGACUGCAUGCGGAGGAGAAGAGCAAGCUGGAGGAGAAGCGCCGGAGUCUGGAGAAGGAGAUGAGCGUCUUCAGCAAGCGCAGAGCUGCCAGCGAGCUCCUGCAGGCGCAGGCCUUCAACACCAGCUCCAACAACAAAAAGGACAAAGAGCGCAAGAAUGGCGGAAAUGGGCUUCCAUAAACGAUUGCGACAAGACUGUGAUUCAAACACUUGAUGACGUCAUCUGACGGUUACGGUCCUGAAAAGAGAGCGAAAUCUGACUGGACAGAUCUGAGGUAAAUUUCCAGCGACGGUACUUCAAGAAGUCUGGACGAAGCUGUCGAGUUUACCAUCGAGAUGAGUAAGUUAUGAAAACGUCGUCUUAAUCAGUUCAGCUGUUUAUAAGUUCGUGUUUGAAGCUGUUGUUCUCUUACGCACGACUGUAUAAGUUGAAGUUCAUUCAGUGAAACUACGAAACCUAAAGCUAAAUCAUCUCAAUCUGCUGGAUUAAUGCACGAACUGUGGUCAAAAUAACCCAAACUAGUGGCUCUCUACUAGUCUCUUCUAAAAGCAGUGUUAAUUCAAUUCAAUUCAUGUUUAUUUGUAUAGCACUUUCACGAUACAAAUCGUUGCAAAGCAGCUUCACAGAAAAUGAAAGUUUCUACACUACAUUUAGGAGUAAAACCGCUAAAAGCAAAUAAAAUACAACUAACUAAAAAUCAGUUAAUAGAAACAGAGUUGAGCUCUUAAAAGUGACAAAAAGGUUCCCAUAUCUUAAAAUUCCAAUAAAAAUACAGUUUUGCAUUAAG